AUGUCUACAAUGAAUAACUUAUAUAUUUUAUUCAUUAUAAUUCUUGCUGAUGUCUCUUCGAAUAUAAUCCUAUCGGAAUAUGAACAAUGUAAUAUGCCAUUAGGUAUGGAAUCAGGUUUGAUAGCUGAUAGUGAUUUGACCUCGAGUUCAACUCACGAUGUGAGUAGCGUUGGCCCUCAAAUGUCAAGAAUUCGAAUUGAAUUAGAAGGUGGUGCCUGGUGUCCAAAUAAACCAAUAGGAUCAAAAUCAUAUGAAUAUGUUCAAAUUGAAUUACAUAAAUUAUAUUUUAUAAAUGCUAUCGAAACUCAAGGACGAUUUGAUAAUGGACAUGGAAAUGAAUAUGCUGAAUAUUAUCAAAUUGAAUAUCAACGAGAAAAUAAUUCAUCAUAUUGGAUACCUUAUUAUAAUAAAAAAACAAAUAAAACUAUUCUCAAAGGAAAUGUCAAUACAUAUGUAGCAGAAAAACGUUUCCUUUCAUCACCAAUUAUAGCAAAACGUAUUCGAAUUAUACCUUACAGUCCACGUUGGCGAACUGUUUGUAUGCGAAUUGAACUUUAUGGAUGUGUUUUCCAUGGUGGUAUUAUAUCAUAUACAACUUCACCAAGUAUAGAUAAAGAUGAUAUAUAUGAUGGUGGAAUUGGAAUAUUAACUGAUGGAAUUAUUGGAGAUAAUGAAAAUACUUGGCUUGCUUGGAAUAAAUCUCCUGUUUCAAUUAAAUUUGAUUUUGAUACAUUUCGACAUUUUAAAAUUAUUCAAAUUUAUUCUAUGAAAAAUAAAUAUCGUUCAAUUCAAAUUAAAUUUGAUAAUAAUUUAUUAAUAAAACAUCAAAUAUCAUCAAUAGCAACAUUAUUAUCAACAAUAUUUGUUGAUACAAUUCAAUUAAAUAAAUCUAAAACAAUGAUCAUUGGAAAACAAGUAGAAAUUCUAUUUGAAUUUGAUAAUGAACCUCUUUUUCUAACUGAAAUUACAUUUGAUAAUGAACCAGUAAUGUCAAUCAAUACAACAUUACCAACUAUAACUACAACAAUAUGUCCUAUGGCGUGUUCAGCUUCAAAUAAUAAAAUAACAUUAAUAUCAUCAUCAUCAUCAUCAUCAAUAAUAUCAUUGGAAUGGUUAACAAUAUUAAUAUUUUCAAUUUGUUCUUUUUGUUUUAUACUUUUAUUUAUUCUUUUAAUACUUCGUAUUCGUCAUUGUCAUUUACGUAAAAAAACUGAUAUUUAUUAUAAAUGUUCUCAUUUAACAAAUACAACAAAUGGUUCAUCAAUUGAAAAUGAUCAAAAUCAAUUAACUAAAAAAAAUAAUUAUGAUGAUGUGACAUCAAUGGGUUCAUAUAUAUAUCCAAUAACAUCAACAACAUCAUUAUUACAUACGAGUUCACCAUCAUCAUUAUUUAAAAGUGAACAAUAUGCUAUUAUUGAUGGAAAUUCUUAUGCAGAUUGUUCAACAAAUAAUACAUUUCAUUAUGCAUCAUCAGAUAUUGAACAUAAUUCUUUGAAAUUAAUGAAUUUAUUUAAUUGUGUUGCUUUACAAGAAGUAACACCUUCGAAAUGUAAUUAUUCAUUUCCACCUCCUGUUGAUCAAUCAAAAUUAUUUUCAUUAUGCAAAAUAUCUGAAUCAAAAUAUGGAGAAAUUUUCGUAGGGAAAUAUUCAUUGGAUAAUCAGUCAAAAUCUGUAUUAAUUAAACUAAUAAAAACAAAUAUGAUUGAUUCAUCAAAAUCAAGAUUUUUAUCAGAAUUGAAUAUUUUAUCUCGUUUAAAUCAUAUUAAUAUUGCAUGUGUAUGUGCAAUAGAACUUGAUUUACUUUAUUUUGUUCAAGAACAUUCAGAUUUAGGUACUUUGCAAGAUUAUUUUCAUUCAACAAUAAAUGAAUCAACAUUUCAAAAAAUGAAUAUUUAUUUUUCUCAUCAAUUAUCAAAUGCUCUUGAAUAUUUAUCUCAUUUAAAUAUAAUUCAUAAUGAUAUUGCAACAAGAAAUUGUCUCUUGUUUUCCGAUUUUACUAUUAAAUUAACCGAUUGUGCCAUGGCUUUAUCACAAUAUGAACAUGAAUAUUGGUUAUCUAAUAAUGGAGAAAAAAUUCCAUUGAGAUGGUUUGCACCAGAAGCAUUAACAACUAAUGCAACAUUAAAAUCUGAUAUUUAUUCAUUCGCUGUAACAUUAUGGGAAAUUUGGUCUCGAUGUUCAUAUUUACCACAUACAUCAUUAACAAAUGAAGAACUUUAUCAAUAUCUUGUCUAUCGACAAUCAUCAAAUCAAAUAGAAGAUUUAAAUGAAUAUAUAAUUCGUUUAUCUCAACCACCUGAUUGUUCGAAAGAAAUUUAUGAUUUAUUAUGUGAAUGUUGGCAUAUUGAUGGAACGAAACGGCCGCAUAUAUCAGAUAUUGCACUUUAUUUUAGACGACAAAUUAAUAGUUUAUCAUAA